AGAAAUCUUUUUAUCAAUAAUGAGUAUGUGGACUCAGUCAGUGGGAAAACCUUUCCGACUCUCAAUCCAGUGACAGAGGAAAAGAUAUGUGAGGUGGCUGAGGGUGACAAAGCUGAUAUUGAUAAAGCAGUCAAAGCUGCCACUGAAGCUUUUAAAUUGGGCAGUCCUUGGAGGAUCAUGGAUGCUUCCAAGAGAGGCCAACUCUUAUACAAAAUGGCAGACCUCAUUGAGAGAGACUUGGACUAUCUUGCUUCCCUGGAGACAAUUGACAGUGGAAAAUUAUUUGCCGAUUCAGUAGAUGACAUGGAAUUUACUGUAAAAUGCUUCAGAUACUAUGCUGGAUGGGCUGAUAAGAUAACAGGAAAGACUAUAUCUUCUGAUGGUCCUUACUUUGUGUACACCAGACAUGAACCUGUGGGUGUGGUUGGAGCUAUUGUACCAUGGAAUUUCCCUCUUAAUAUAGCAUGUUUAAAGCUUUCUGCAGCUCUGGCUUGUGGCAAUGUUGUAAUAGUUAAACCAGCUGAACAGACUCCCUUAACAGCACUGUAUGUGGGUUCCUUGUUUAAAGAGGCAGGAUUUCCUCCUGGUGUGGUGAAUAUCAUCUCUGGUUAUGGUCCAACAGCAGGAGCAGCAAUUUCUGAACACAUGGACAUCAACAAAGUUUCAUUCACAGGAUCAACAGAGGUUGGAAGGUUAAUACAAGCAGCUGCUGCAAACUCCAAUUUAAAGCGUGUAACACUGGAACUCGGGGGAAAGAGCCCAAAUAUAGUUUUUGCUGAUACUGAAAAUAUUGAUGUUGCAGUGGAACAGGCACACUCUGCACUGUUCUUUAACCAAGGACAGUGCUGCAGUGCUGGCAGUCGCACUUUUGUGCAAGACACCAUUUAUGAUGAGUUUGUAAAAAAGAGUGUGGAAAGAGCUCAAAACCGCACAGUUGGUGAUCCUUUUGAUGAUGAAAUCCAACAAGGACCACAGAUUGAUAAAGAACAGUUUGAUAAAAUCCUUGAUCUGAUUGCAAGUGGAAAAAAGGAAGGAGCAAAGCUUGAGUGUGGUGGUGCUAGACAUGGAGACAAAGGAUAUUUCAUACAACCUACAGUCUUCUCAGAUGUCAAAGACCACAUGAGGAUUGCCAAAGAAGAGAUAUUUGGUCCAGUGCAGCAGAUCAUCAAAUUCAGUGAUGUAAAUGAGGUUAUUGAAAGGGCAAAUAACACAACAUAUGGCCUGGCUGCUGCUGUAUUUACCAAAGAUAUAGACAAAGCAACAACACUUUCUCACAGCUUACAAGCUGGAACAGUUUGGGUCAACUGUUAUGAUUGUGGGGGGCCUCAAGCCCCCUUUGGAGGAUUCAAGAUGUCUGGCUUUGGCCGAGAAUGGGGUGAAUAUGGUCUCUUACCCUUCUUGGAAGUGAAAACAGUUACCAUGAAGGUCCCUUCAAAGAACUCGUAAAUGAUACAAGGAAAUGUGAAUCCACAGACAACAGAUGUGUAUUGUAGCUUUACAGCUGG